UUUUAGGGUCUUUGAAACCAUUUCUAGACAGCUCACGACUCCAACUUUUAAAAAAUGGGGAAAAUCGCGGAAAUUCCGUCUUUUUUAGUGCUGUCAUAAACGUUCCGUGAUCAGAGUGGCGCCCUUUCAGCAUUUCAAGGAUAUUGUUACAGAAGUUGGCAGAAACUGAUAAUUGUAUUGCCGUGUCGUAAUUAUUUCACGACCUGUGUGUGUUUAUUUGAUAUGUUAGGGGUAAAAUAAUCCCUUUCGCCCUUUUCCUGGCUUGCAGAAUUCGAUGAGUUGGUUGAUUUUGCCUCUUCAACUAAGGAACUUGAGUGUUAAUCUUAUCUUUUAGUUUUUAAUGAUGAGAGAGUUCCACCAACCUGCAGUCCAGCCUUGCUACUCACCUUGACUGCUACCUUUAUAUCCCCUCUACAACACCUUUACAACACCUUUACUACACUUCUAUAUCCCCUCUACAACACCUUUCCUACACCUUUACUACACCUCUAUAAUCUAUAUCCCCUCUACAACACCUUUCCUACACAUAAAACACUAUGACGACCACCCCAAAGAAGAAGAAGUUUGUGAUGUACAACACAGACGAAACAAAAGAAGAGACCCCCAACAACUCCCAGUUCAAGAGAGAUCUCCGCAGUGACGCGGGUAGUGUCAUCAGAGCUAGUCUGAGGAAGAGGAAAAUGAAACGAGGGAACUCUCAUGCUGAGAUUACGGUCUCUCAGACCACGGCUCAUGUUAAUGGAGCAGUAACGAUGACGACGCAAGUUAACGAAGAUGAAAGACAGUGCUACCUUGAUGAUGUGAUCAGUGAAAAUGUGGGCUGGAUCCGUAUCCAGGAGAAGACUUUUAAGAGAUGGAUGAACGAGCACCUGAAGCACAGGAAACUGGAAGUUGAGGACAUCACAGAGGAUCUCAACGAUGGUCUGGCUCUCAUCAACUUGUUGGAGGUCCUAUCUCACAAGUCUAUCGGCAGGAACUACACUAAGAAGCCCCGUAUUAACGCGCAGAAGAUGGAAAACAUCGUAGCCACCUUCAACUUCAUGAAGGGUGAGGGUAUCAAGAUAGUGAACAUUGACAGUACUGAUAUCAUGCAGGGCAACAUGAAGCUGACUCUCGGGCUAAUCUGGACGCUUAUCUUCAACUACCAGAUCGCUGCCAACCUAAAGGACGAUAACUCAGGAGGUGGUCCCAAGAAGAAGCUGCUUAACAAAAUAAACCAGAAACUCCAGCCAAGUGGCAGAAAAGCUAAAAACUUUACUGGCGACUGGAAUGACGGAACUCUGUUAGCAUGUCUGGUAAACUGUAUCGCUCCUGGCUUGAUCCCCAAUUACACCAUCCUCAACCCUGAUGAUAAGGUCGAGAAUAUAAAGAUGGCUAUGGAUCUGGCUGAGACUUGGCUUGGUGUACCCAAACUCCUGGCUCCUGAAGACAUGGCUAGCACUAGUGCUGAUGACCUCUCAAACAUGACAUAUCUGAGUGGCUUCCUGGACUGCAAGGUCAAAGAGGGUGCCCCUGUGGUCUACCCCAAUCGGUGCAUUGCUCGAGGACCUGGUGUAUCAGGAGUCGGUCUCCUGCCCGGUAAACCCGCCACUUUCGAGAUAGACGCCAGCAAGUGUGGUGCAGGUGACGUGGUGGUCACAGUGGACGGACCUGAGGGCAGUGACCCAGUUAAAGUGGAGUACUCGGCCGGUGGAGACACUCCUGGGGUCUACACUGGUUCUUACCACCCCAAGGACGAGGGAGAGUACACGGUUAACGUUACUUUCUGUGGGGUUGAUGUCCCCAAAGCCCCCUUCAAGGUGAAGAUCUACAAUGAUGGACCCCGAAACAAGGUUGAUCCUAAGAAGGUGAAGGUUGAGGGACCGGGUCUGACUGGAGAUAUGAUCCUGCCUGACGAGAACGCCUGGUUUAAAAUCAACUACCUUGAGGCUGGACCUGCAGAACCAAAAGUGGAGAUCGUUGGACCUGACAGUCAGCCGAUAGCCUUCAAUGUGGAGCAAGACGGAAAAGGUGAACAGUACGUGUCGUACAAACCACCAAAGUUCGGAAUGUACAACGUUGCUGUCAACUUCGGUGGGAUGCCCCUGCCCAACUCGCCCUACAAAGUCAAGAUCAGUCCCAAAGUUGACGCUUCCAAAGUCAAGGUCGCUGGACUUGCUCAGAUUGUUAGAAUCGGUGACAGUCCCGUCUUCAAUAUCGAUACAACAACUGCUGGAGAAGGCAAGAUGGAAGCUCAAGUUGUGUCUCCUAGCGGCAAGUUAUUGGACUUCGUGUUAGAUGAUGAUGAUGCAGGACACCAUACCCUCAAGAUAAACCCCAGCGAGAUGGGUACACAUACCAUCAGCUUGGUCUACGGCAAGGUUCCUGUACCCCACGGCCCAUUCAGUGUCAAAGUAAGGCCAGAGAGUGAGCCAGACAAAGUCAAGGUUCAGAUCGAGAAUUCGGUUAUCCGCCUCGGAGAGCCCACUAAGUUCAAGAUCGAUUCCACUGAGGCUGGAAACGGUGAUCUCGUAGUCCGAAUCUUGGACAGUUUGGGCAAUGAAGUGGAAGUCGACCAUGAUCAAAACGGUUACGAGGUUUCCUUAGGCCUGGACACGUUCACCUUUACACCGAAGAAGGAGGGUGAUUAUGUUGUCGAUGUGACGUUCGCUGGGGAACCAGUUACCGAAGCAAGGCUCGCAGCCGAACCAAGACUCAAGUUGGACAAACUCAACAUCUUUGGAGAUGGUCUCAACAGCAACAAACCUCUCAAGGUGGGAGAGGAAUGCAAGAUGACGAUAGACGCGAGCCGCGCGAUGACUGGAGACAUAGUGAUCCGAGAGAAGGACCCUAACAAGAUGGGCGCUGAAGAUCAUGCUGAUCUGGAGCUCCUGGUGGUCGGUCCUGACGGCCGACCUGUCACUCUGGAGAUUGAAGAGAGUGAGCCGGGUGUGUUCAAGGUCGCCUUCACCCCCGACAAAGCUGGUAAUUAUUUGUUCGUUGCUGAAUCUGAAGGAGUGGCUGCUCCCAAAUGCCCAAUUCCUCUGAAAGCCCGAGGACUUAAAUCAGUGAAAGUGUACGGUCCCGGUAUUGAGCCAUCUGGUAAUUUGUGUGGAUUUGAUACCCACUUUGUCGUGGACGCCCGAGAAGCAGGAGAGGAACAACUCUUCGUGGAUAUUGUUGGACCCGGAACUGGUGAAUUCAAACCAGUACCAACCAUCACCGAGCCAAAGAAAGGGUUGUUUAACAUCAAGUACGACGUGUCUCUUCAUAAUAAUUACGAUGUGAAUGUCAAGUAUGGCGAAGAUUCCCUUAACCAAGGAAAACCGUACAAACCUAAGGUGCACACCCACAGUGUUGGUGCCUUCCCCAGUACUCGCAGAAGGGUCGAGAUCCAGAUUACACAUUUGUCUCUGGAAGCACCUAGCUCGUGCAGUGUUGAUGAUUACAUCGAUAUCAGGUUGAAAUACGCACAAAGGUUCAAGAGUACGGCCAAGGUAUGCGGACCUGCCCAACCUCCAACUGUCAAGGUUAUUGGCCCAGCUCGUAAAUUGGUCGACACCAAGACCUCAGUCAAGGAUUCAACAUACAAGAUCCGCGCUAGUCCUGUGGAAGUAGGAGCUCAUAAGGUAGUGGUACGAUGUUCGGACAGCGACUUGGUCUACGGCUCUUUCAGCAAUAUGUUCGAGAUCACCAAGUGAGGCACCGUCUAAGUAUAGGUGGAAACCUGCGCGUGGUUCAUAUGUGCUGCGAGCGACAAAACACCGGGGAUAAACAAAUAUUGUUCAUCACAAAUCUUGGGAAAUUGGUUCAAUAUGUGAACUUCUAUUGCAAUACACAGACGAUAGCACAGAAGCAGCAUUGUGUCAACAGAGAAUGUAACAUGAAGAGACAUUUAGGUUUAGACUAUUUACGAAUUUUAUUUUGUUAGAUUGAAAACAUUGCUUAAAAUCGUUGAAUAUUUUAACUGUAAGUGUAAGGUGUAUAUUUUGUAAUAAAGAAUGCGAAAAAAAUGUAUGACGGUGAUAAGAUGAAUUUGAUGUUUGCACUGAAAUGAUAUAAUAUAAGUUAUAAUCUUUGUAUACUAUCCUAUUAACCAAUCAUUAAAGACUGA